UGUGUCCAUGGUGUGGUUAUGUUAUGCGGUUUACUUUUACUGAUCAUUAUAUUUAUUUAUUUAAUGAAAAUACUAUGAUUUCAUUAAUGUUGAACGUACUAAUAGUGUAACAAUAUCUUGUGUACGUUAUUUGUUACAAUGGCGAAUCACUACGAGGUUCCUAGCUGGGCUGGCAAGCCACCAACUGGGCUGCAUUUGGAUGUGCUAAAGGGCGAUAAAUUGAUACAAAAAUUAAUGAUUGACGAGAAAAAAUGUUACCUAUUUGGAAGGAAUCCUCAAAUGAAUGAUUUUUGUAUAGAUCAUGCCAGUUGUUCAAGGGUGCAUGCUGCAUUUGUUUAUCACAAACAUUUGAAUAGAGCAUUUUUAGUAGAUUUGGGCAGCACCCAUGGUACAUAUAUUGGUAAGAUGAGGCUAGAAGCAAACAAACCAACACAAUUGCCCAUUGAUUCAAACUUUCAUUUUGGAGCAUCUACAAGAAAUUAUAUUAUAAGGGAGAGACCAACUGGCAAUGCUCGUGGCAUCAUGGAAGAUUUACCUAAUACAGAACAGGAAGGUGCUCUGCUUGGAUUGCCGGAGACACAAACUGAGCUAGAUAAUUUAACGGAAUUUAACACUGCACAUAAUAGGAGGAUAUCCAUGUUGGGUAUAUCAACUGAUGAUGGCACAGAUGUACUGAAGCCGCCAGCAGGCACCAAGCGGUCAGCGUCAAUGCCGGCCGGGAUAACAAAGAAGGUGAAGAGAAAUGUCUCCUUCAACGAGGAGGUGGACAUCAUCAAUCCUGAGGACAUUGACCCUACCAUAGGCAGGUUCAGGAACCUGGUCAAGUCUACGAUUGUACCAAAUGCUAACACACCACCAAGGAAGCUGAAGCUGCAAAGUGCUGACGACAGUCAACACCAUCACUCACUUCGAUUGCAGGAGAUAUCUAGAGGGAAUAAUUUAUAUUCAGAUCUUCCAGCGCCCAGUUCCCAUCUCAGUCUUAUCGGUGCAAGGUUGGGUCUCUCGCUGCCGAAUCCAGCGCCGGAUGUUGAACUAGAAGGUCCAGAGCCACAUCUUAAUAUACACCCACCUUUACCAAACUCUGCUCCAGAAGAAGCCGGACCUUCGAGCGAGCCGAAGAAGAAGAAAUACGCGAAAGAAGCCUGGCCCGGCAGGAAACCAGGGCUCAUUCCGGGCGUGUGAAUAUAACGCAUAUUUUGCUAGUUCUAGACAUAAGAGCAAAGCAAUUGGUGGCUAAUAUUCGGCCAAUAUUGGGUCAAUGUUUGGCCAAUCAAUACUUGGCUAAUUUGGGCCAAUAUUCGAAUUGUUCGGUCAAUAGUUAGUCAAUACUUGGCCAAUAUUUGCCUCACUUUUAUUCAAUUUGAAACGGAGAUUAUCAAUGCGAUAAUUUCUUUUUCUGUACAUUAUACAAUAUCAUAGCCAGUAAUGAUUACUAUGAUUCUUUUUUAAGUCAAUGCUGUCUACUUGUUAAGUUGAGUACCGUAGUAAUUUUAUCACGAUUGCUGUCUUUUUUAUAGUUGUUACACAAUUUUAAUUUGUAUAAGGUGAUCUUUGCUAUGCUUUUAUUUUACGUGUCUAUUUCGUAAACAGUCUAAACAGAAAUAUAUUUUUUAAAUAAAUUAAUCAAUAAGAAUAAAACAAAUUGUGUAACACAUUAUUAUUAUUAUUAUAUUAGAGGGCAGUGGACUGUGAUGAGGUGAUAAAUGAUGUACACACGGAUUUUAGCAGAGAAAAUAUAAUGAAAAGCGACCCCAACAAGAAAAACGUUGUUAAAAGAUAUAAGAUCGAAAUUAUAAAUUAACAAUAUCAUUUUAAAAGUAAAUCUGUUUAAAAAAGUAUGUAAUAAAAUAUAAGGCGUUUGCAUUGGCCGGUCGCCAAUAUUUUAUUUAUUUUAAAUUAGUUCAUUUGUUUCAGUAAAAAAUAUAUAUAAUAGAGAUAGAUUGUUUAUCAAAUGAGUAAAAAUAAACAGUACGUCAAGUAAGUUGUUUUAAUUUAAUGUGUAUUAAAUUAUGUGGAUUUCAACCGACGUUUAUUAGACGUAAAUAAUUAUUUUUGUGAGAUCACCUCAUCAAUUAAUUUACCGUUACAUAUAUAUAACAAAGUGAUAUUGUAACAAAGUUUUAUAUAUUAAUCUAUUCUUCUAUACUUUGCAUAUUUAAUAAACAAUUUUGGCAGAUAUUUAUAUUCAAUAUAACAGUACAUAAAAUGAUCAAAUAGAAAAAAAAAUUGUGUUAAUUGACUGUGUAUUGUUAUAAAUUAUUGUGUAUCUUAUUUUAAAUAGUUUUAUUUAAAAUAUGAAUAUAAAUAUAAUAGUGUACAAUAAAGUAUAAACCUUUAUUGUACACAUAAAUUACAUUGUUAUAAUUUAUAUUAAAUAAAGACAGGCGAACAUAACUCUGUAAGUGUUCUCUGCCAGCAUGCCUUGAGUGGAAAGGAGCAUUAAUUACCAGCGAGCAGUGUGCGUACAAUUAGAACUGGGAACAUUAUAGUAUUAGUACUUAUUAUUUUUAUACAUUUAAUAUAGUUAAUUACGAAAUGACAUACCACAACUGUUUAUUAAAUAUACAUAAAAAAGUAUGUAAGUAAGCAAUAAAUUUAGAAAUAUGCUCACGACCCUAACAAAUCAAUACCAAAUACGGUUUUUGUAUGUAUGUACAAGGGAUAAAACAAACCAUAGGAAAAUUAAAAUUGAACGUCAAAAUAUAGAAAGUUUUAAACGAAGAGUUUACCAGUGUGAAAUAAUAAUUUAUCACAGUUGGUAUUUUUUGUAUAUAAAUGUCAUAAGUAAUUCUUCAAUUACCAAUAUAGUUUUGGAAAUACAGGUAAACUCUCGAUUAUUGAUAUUUGAUUGAAAUUCGUUGAAAUAGAAGCGUUUCUGAUCAGUUGUAUUUUAUUAAGACUUACAUAACAUAUUUGAAACACAACCAUCAAAUAUGAACUGAAUAUUUGUACAUUUGUAUAGAAAAAUUCCUACGGUAUGUCAAUGAGCUGUGAAUAAGUCUUAAAAUAAAGUAUGCAAUAGUUUUA